UUAAAUUCAUUUUUAUACCAAAAAAAAAACGAGCUUAUAUUAAUUUUAUCCACUUCACUUUCAUUAGUAUUUUUUUUCUUUCAAAAUUUUCAACUUUAUCAAACUCUCUACAACCCAUCUUCAUCUCAAACUCAAAUUGCUUUUAUAUAUAUAUAUAAUUAGGAAAUUUGGGUCAAUUAGGCCUUUAACCACUGGAUUAAGUCGAGCUAAGCUUAAAUUGGUUAUAUAAUAUCACUUGGGGAGUUUUUCUUUUUCUUUUUUUUUUUUUAUAAUUUGAUAAACUCCCUUGAAAUAUUUCUUUUAAGUGUGCAGAGUAUCGAGAGUGAGAAACAAUGGGAAGAAUUGCAAAGAUUCUGCUGAGAUCAAUACUGAAAAUGGUAAAUUCAGUAAUGGGAAUUCUUGGGAUUGCAAUGGUUCUAUAUGGGUUUUGGAUGGUAAGAGUCUGGCAGAGAGACAUAGAAGAAGCCUCAUCAUCUGCUUAUGGGUAUGAUUCUACUGCUCCAUGGUUUAUAUACAGUUUUCUUAGCAUUGGCAUUACCUUGUGCCUUAUAACAUGCAUAGGCCAUGUUUCUGCUGAUAGCUCAAAUGGUUUCUGCCUUUCUUGUUAUACAGUUAUUAUCUCUGUGCUUCUCUUAUUGGAAAUAGCAUUUGCAGCUGAUAUACUCCUAAAUUCUGAGUGGGAAAAGGAUUUGCCUGAGGAUCCAACAGGAAGAUUCCAUGACUUUAAAGAAUUUGUGGAAUCAAACUUUGAUGUGUUCAAAUGGAUAGGUUUGUUAAUUGUCUUAGCUCAGGGAUUUUCUAUGUUAUUGGCAAUGGCUUUGAGAGCUCUUGGACUAAAUUAUGGAUCCAACUAUGACAGUGACAAUGAAUGCCCUCCAGCCAGGCUUCCGUUGAUCGAUCACCAUUUACAGCCACCUUCAUUUGUCAUCGGCAAUCCACACUUCACCUCCGAUAAUGGAACAUGGAAUACAAACAAGUGAAGAAAAUAACUCGAGCAGCAGAUUGCCGAGGUGAGGAUAUCACUUCAGUAGUCAAAUAUGAGACACGAAUAAGGAAUUGAUGAAGACUCCAGAAUUUUGUAGAAAUAAAUGCUGGCCCUUGUAAUUAGGAUUUCUAAGCCUCCACCAACUUUUUUUUUUCCUAGACUGGUCAUGUUGUGGGAUCAUUUACUUCAAGGUAAGUACUUGUGUUUUCAGAAAUUUAAUAUAGUCGAGUUAUUUGAUUAGUUUUUAUCAUUAA